UAUGGAUUAUUGGUAUUGAAUUCGGAUACUUUGCCCUACAUGGCAAGAGAAUUGAGUUUGGAAGAAUUGUUGAAGUAAGUGGAUCAUGGAUGAUUGUGACUCGACUUCGGAGGGGAGUGCCGACUCUGAUGCACUCUCACCACUUCCACCAUUGGUUAUAUGGACCAGCAGAAGGUCAACUGGGUUAACCCCCACAGCGAAAUAUACCAUUUUACGGUACGAUUUACACGGCUCAUCACCACGCAAACCCCAAUAGCGGUAACCCAGAGACGACCUCAGAAGGCUCCUUUGCGAAUUAUGCACUUCAGCAUUCCUUAUUCACCUCUUGGAACACACCAACAUCUACCUCCAGAGUGCUCCAAGAUCAUCCUUGGCUGGACACUGCAGCAGACAACUUCAGGCCACCUCAACCAGAGUUCCAGAGGAACAAGGAUACACGCGCUAAUGAUCCUUCAACAGCAACUGACGAUAACCCAUGCUCUAAUCCAAUGACAUCAGCAAUGGACAAUGGCCAAAGAUCGCAAAGCAACCGUAACCAAACUGCUAACCAUCCCGUUUCUGUUUCAGAUCACUACACAGGCCAUGCACACGUUGGGUAUGAGUCGGAAGAUGGCGAAUACUCAGGCAAAUCUGCCGACCUGGAGGUUCACAAUAUCGAACAUGUUCCAGUGGAUCUUAGGAUGUCUAGCUUAUCGCACAAAAAUCAGCAUGUCUCCGAGUCUAGUUCUGAGGCAGAUUUUCAACUUCAAGCUGACUUCCCUCAACCCGAAACUUCGCUUUACAAGGAAACUGGGCCAUUGCUUGAACGCCAGCAUGAUAUGCUUGAUGGCAGACAUUCACGUCCCGUAGAAAAGCCGUAUGAAUGUAAGUUUUGCGAUAAAUCAUUUUCUACUCAGUCCAGUCUAACAUCUCAUGAACGUACAUGUACGCACCGAGAAGAGAAACCUUUCAAGUGUAAAGUGUGCGAUAAAGUCUUCGAUUGGCGAUCUCUUCUUCUCCGCCAUGUUCGAGUUCACUCAGGAGACAAACCCUUCACGUGCAAGUUCUGCGCUAAAUCAUUCAGUGAUAAAUCCAAUCACACUACUCAUGAACGGUACCAUACCGGAGCGAUGCGGUUUAAUUGUGAUCACUGUGAUCAAGGUUUUCACUCCCGUUCCAAUCUUAAAAUUCAUUUACGCAUCCACACUGGGGAGAGACCAUACAAGUGUAAAGAAUGUAAAAAGGCAUUCAGACAACCUUCACAUCUCACAGAUCAUCAACGCGUCCAUACAGGAGAGAAACCUUUCAAAUGUAACGUUUGUGAGGAGGCGUUCAGAAGUGCAUCAAAUCUCGCAGGUCAUCAACGCAUCCAUACUGGAGAGAAACCGUUCAAGUGUAAAAUAUGUGAAAAGUCUUUCUCUCGGAAAUCUAAUCUAACAGUACAUGAAGGAAUCCACCUCUGAGAAAAACAAUAAAAGUCUGUCAAUGAUUAAAAAAACACUUGGAAGACUAUCAAAAUGUGAACAUUAACAAAAGGCUUCUUUUCCAAAUUAUGGAAAAUGUUCAUUAUACAUGUACUUGUAGGCCCUUUUUGAAAUGCAAGUAGCCAAAUCUGAACACCACGCAAAGGCCACUGCUUACAUGCUGACUUCCAUAUUUGUAGCAUUACAAUGAUUUUCAUUAUCAUUGUUUUAGAGUUGAUAUAUUGUACAGUUUCUAGCCAUGUUACUCAAUGCACUUCGUACACGUAUUUCCAUAUCUACCAUUCACAAAAAAACAGUUGAGCUGAUCAUGUGGCUCGUGGUUUAUAAAAUCUGUACUUUUUCGCGCAUCUUUACUCUUCUGCACGCAUGCUGGGUAUGGAUCCUUUCCCUAGAAGAGACGCAGUGCUGUUUUGAAGUAGGCACAUGAUGCUAAAUAU